AUGGGUUCACGUCGGAUUCCGGCAACCUCUUCAUAUUUUAAGGAUUUGCAAUUUUGGGAUCUCUACACCAUUACUACGGUCAUCAGAAUGCAGCCCAACAAGAAAGAAGUCAAGAAGGCAGCUACCACUGCUUCAAAGGCAAAGGCCAACGCCACUGCCAAUGAUCUUACACAAGACGUCAGACCAUAUGACAUUCUUUGUGGCAGAAGCAAAACAUGUUUCAAUAACAUCGGAAACCGUCGCUUCCGCAUUACAAUUGGCAUGAACGUGAAGAAGUAUGAUUUGCUUGCCAACCGAACUGAACGAGGAAAGUUCAUUGUUGAACUGUCUCGCACACUCCGAGAAGAGGCUGGCUACCGCUUUUUUCGCGUCUCAAAGAAGAACGGAAAGGUCGAACUAUCAGACGACGAAAUCCGAGCCAAGAUCGGCCACGCACUUCGUGACCUGUCUAUCACUCAAGCUAACGCAGCUGAAGCGGCGGCUGCCAAGUCUGUGACCAGUUAUGAAGAAACCAAGAAGUUCACCCCAACCAUCAAGUCAGAAGCCAAGGUUGUGAGUCCUGAUGCACAAGUGCGCAGAGUCACAAACGAUUUCCACACCGACAGCAAUGGCAUGCUUAUGCCCAUUCCACAGUGUCCCGAUCUCCAAAAGGAUGCGAUCAUCGACAGCUCCGAGACCUCACAAGAAAUUCCCAAGAACAUCUACUUUUCUCCACAACAAGACUUGCUUCCUGGAUCCGAGGUAGCACCACAGUCCCCCAAGAUUCUUUUUAUCGAAUCAAAUUUUACAACAGAACAAGAAACUUCGAUUGGCAAGCCAAUUCCAAUUGAACAAGAUUCUUCUUCUGAGAGUUCUGUUCACAAGGACAAGGAAGUUGCCUGUGACGACUAUCAUCUGAUGCCUCUCAACUUCGAUGAGCAUGACGACCAUGACACCGAUAUGUUGGAACCAAUUCCCUUGGAUAUGCUUCCAGAGUAUUAUGCCGACUCGUUCAACAAAAAUCCAUUCUACAUGGAUCAUGGUGAAGAUAAUGACAACAGCGAAGAGAUUUGCAACAAAAUCCGCAAAAUGCAAGGUUUCCCAUCCUUCGCCUCCCGCAAACAUGAAACCAUGUCUGCGGGAUCGGCAGACGAUCACAUGAUUACUUCAGACGACGCAGUCGGUUACCUAGCAAUGGAUGUGUCGAUUCUUGCUUGA